GGGUAGUACCCCUUGAUUACAUGUCCAUCCAUUUAUCAACUUCAUGCAUCAUCAAGCCUACUUCCGCCGUCUUAAAUUGUGAAGGCGGCGUCGUUCCCAUCUGACCCAGCAAUGCGCAGGGUAAACAAGUCAUGGUGUAUACUUCGAGGUGAACUCCGCGGCCACUGAUCGGCGCUUCUGUACGAAGGUAUUCCGCCCCUGGAUCCUCAGCCUUGCCGGGAAGGAUCCUACCAUUAACAUCGAGCCGACAUCCCCCAUCAGAUAGGUCAGCGUUUAGCGACCAGCAAGGGAAGGACAGAAAAAGUAUCAUCAGGUUCUCAAUAUUUCCCAUUUGCAAAAAAAGAAAGGAAAAAGGAACAGAAGAAAGAACCAAUUUCGCUCCCUUUUCCCAGACGAAAAAACAUCUCGACAACACCAUGUUUUGGAUUACGAUGUACAGUCAAGCCCAAGGUUUUCGCGGGCUAGAAUCCAGAAACACAAUGGUGAUCUUAGGCCUCUGAUCCAAUGGCCACGAAGGAUUCUCUUUCCUUUCUUCCCUUCUUUCGCUUGCUCUGCCAGUACUUGAAACCCAGAUCAGCCGUGAUCAGAAAACCACUAACCAUGAAGCUGCGCUGCUAGUGUGCAGGACGCUCUGGUCCACCCGCCUCGCUUUAUGGUAACGUACCACAGCACCUCCGUACCGUGGAUGUCCAACCCGGCUUUCUUCUUCCCGAGAGGCAAUUCUGCAACCGACCGUCCAAUUCUUUUAACAGUCCCAAGUUCAAGUUGGUUGUUUCUGUGUGCCUAGCAAGCCUUGCAGGGCUCCGAAACGGGCUUCACUCCAAACUUGGACAUAAAAUCCCUGGCGAAUGUUAGCCAGACAGACAGACAGCUGCUGUCUGCAGUCAUGAGGUGCCUGCCUUAUCCCGCAGUGGAUGUUGCAGAAAGACAUAUUUGCAAUAUUCACCCAUGGCGCGCAGAUGCUUGUCGUGCAGCCGGCAUGUGAUUCGUGUAGUAGAGGAAGCUGAGGGAUAUGAUUGAUAGACAGCCAGUGUCGGAACAGAGUGGAGAGAGGACCUCAAUCCGACUCCAUUCAAAACGUUGCAACGACAACAUGAAGCCAUGCCACUGCACUGCAUACUACCAAGAGAUAGGGCGAUUGCGCCCCAUGGCCACGUCGAACAGACACUCACUUACACAUGACGCUCCACUUCGUCCAUAUUGCGGCGCGCAUGGCAUGGGAGCAUCACCGGAACCGUCUGGUUCGCGAGUUGCAAGCGGUACCGUGCUGUUACCAUGGACCAUUCGCAAUGCUGGAAUGUCAGAGCCCUUCAUUGGCUGGAAUUGCUGAGCUGUAGUUAAAGUUUGAGAUACGGUAUGAGGGGGACGAAUAAACUGGAGAAGACCUUGUCUGUGGAGCAGAGCAGAACAGGGGUGAAAAUAUGGGGAACUGGCAAGGGUACACUAAAAAGCAACCAGUAUUUGUCAUGACCACCACAACUUGC